CUGUGACCAUCAUCAUCGACCGACUUCAUCGUACGCCUGAUCAAAGUCAGCUGGUAGCAGGGCAGUCGUGCAGUCAGGAAGAAAGAGAUGCAUGAAGCUCUACGAAUCUCGGAAAUUUUAUUCCAUAUCUUCAGAGAUGAAGACCUCCGAUUGAGUGAUCUCCAGCACAUCACACUGGUCUGCUCGGUAUGGAACGAGAUUGCAGUUGCGAUUAUGUGGGAGCGCCCAAGAGGAGAUACUUCUAUCCUCAAGCUUCUUCCUAGCGAUGCAUGGUCCAUGGUCGAGGCGGUGAGUCGGUCGGAAAGAGGCGACUUAGUAUACGUCGGGAUGAGGCUCUUCAGGCGAUUUGCCAUAACGCGCGCUCUAUGUCAAGCCGAUUGGGACCAGAUGAUGAAGCGCUCGCGCUACGUUCGAAGUAUACGCUGGGACAAUCUGUGUCAUGGCGACGAAACUACCCUCGACAAAAGCGUUUACGAGCACAUAUUGGCCAACCCACCUCGGGAAAGGCUGCUGCCCGCCCUUCAAACCCUUACCUGUGUCAUACGGAACGCAGAGUCUGCCGAGAUCAUCCAGCUGCUUGUAGGACCAUCGCUGCAGCAUUGGAUCUUGAGCGUUGAGUUACGGCGCGGCGUGCAUCUAUCCGAUAUUGCAACCGCGAUUUCGUUUGCUCGGCACAACUGUCCUCAUAUCCAACAAUUUGCAUUCCUUCUCAGCAACUUGCGCGGCAGUCCAUUCCACGAUUUUACCUGCGUAGAGAACGCGAUCAUGGAUUUGCUGUGUGGAGCGGGCGGUCGGAUGUCCACAUUGGCAAUCGACAUGCCUUUCAGACCAUCACUCCUUCCUGCACUCGCUUGCUACCCCUCGCUACACGACAUCAAGCUGAGCAAUAGGAUGCCGGAUCUGACGACCAUGGAGAAGCUCCCCUCGAAUGGCUAUCCUUCGCUGCGCUCCCUCAUUCUCGUAGGGUUCCCCCUUCGCACUGUCAUCGGGCUAGUACAGUCAUGGGGAGGAUGCCGUCCCAUAGAAACUCUGGAGGUAUCGGAUCUGGGCAGCAUCACGUCUCGGCUUCUGCUCGAACUCACAGAGGCGCUGGAGAAGCAUUGCGAUCCGAAAACGAUGCGUCAAAUACACAUCAUGGUCAAGCCUCACGGAGUGCCGUGGGAUGUCGAGAGUUGGGGGGAGCCGUUCGCCUUGCACUACGCACACCUUGCCCCCCUGCGCGCUUUCUCUAAUCUGGAAUACCUUACCGUGCAUGCCGCACGCGGGGGCAACAAGAUCACUGACGCGGAAUACGCGGACCUGGUACCAUCCUGGCGGCAUCUCGGUCGCAUUGAUCUCCUUGCGAACGGCAAUCGGGAGCCGCCGCCCGCCAGCCUGGCAGCGCUGCUACCCUUCGCUCGCUGCCAGAACACUCUCAGUCGUGUCGCAAUCCAGCUUGACGCGAGCGUGGUCCCGCCGAACGAUCCUCCUGCGCACGCGACGAACGAGAGUGUGGUGUCCUUGGCCGUCGGGAACGCGCCCAUAGCGAAUGCGUACGCGGUUGCCUUGUAUCUGUCGAAGUUGUUUCCCCGGCUGCAGCAGACGGGCUACUGGAACGACCUGCUAAACGAUCCAGAGACGGUCAGGAGGGAAAGAAUGUGGCUCACGGUCGAGAGGAUAUUCGCCACUGCAAAGAACAUCAAGUGUUCGGUGCAGGAGCUAGGAGUGGUCUGCCAGAACAUGGGAAGCACUAUAGAGGACAUGUGCACUGACUACGGCGGCCCACGAGAUGCUGUGAUCUACCCCUGGGAUAUUUGA